AUGGUGUCAUUGGUGACGCUCAACCUGCGACAGCUGUCGCAGGAGGCUGAGGUCAGCUGUGCAGCCGGACGGCGUCAGGGUGCCGCCGUGCUCUGGGGCUCCUCGUCGGCCUGUGCGACUGAGCAGGUCCUUCCAUUCGCAGUUAUGUCAACAUGCAGGUCACUGAGAAUAGGUACAUCAGGAAAUCUGCCAACACAGAGAUGUAAUUUCACUCUGCAGCGGUGUUUAUUAGUGGUGGCAGUAGUGUGGCUGGGAGCUUGGCACAGUGCAGCAGGGCUAGCAAGUAUUCAAAGGCAGCCACUGGGCUGGAUGACGGCCCCAGCAGGACGGUUUCCGUAUUUAGUGGCUAUCAACAUGCAGAGUCACGAGCACCAAUGCAGUGGUGUUCUUCUGAACGACUGUUUUGUGCUGACUGCUGCACACUGCAUUUCCUCGUUGGAUCGUGAUAUUGCUGUCAUUGUCACACGUGUCGAUCCUGAGGGCAGCGAAGCAGCUGCACAAGAAAUGGAGGUGGAUGCUGUGAGCAUCCAUCCUAGGUGGACUGGAAAUCUCAAGGAUGGGUACGAUGCAGCGUUACUCAGACUGUCCACGCCAGUCGAUGGACAGCCACCCCUGCUUGCUCCACGAACCUCAAAGCUGUAUCCGGGCACAGCUGUCUUUCUGUUGAGGCCAGAUGUGAAUGUCCAGAUGGCACAAUACAGUGUGAUGAGCAACGAUUUCUUCUCCGACUUUGCAAGCUUGGAGUCCCACAUGUUCUGUGCUCAUUCUGAACGUGCAGGCUUGCAAUCUGGAGAUGUGGGUGGACCGGCAAUAAUACCGCACAGGCCAUCAGAUGGAGUUGUGCAAGAUUUGCGUAACAGCAAUGGGACCAGUGCUGAUGGAGGGUCACCAGGAAAGGAUGUUCUUGUUGGGGUGUUGUCAUGUGUGAAUGCAUCAGCCACAGAGAGGGCUGGAGGUAUCUUUACACGGAUUGCAAACCUGCGAGGUUGGAUUGAGCAGUACUUAUUCCAAGCAGAUGAGGGGCUGCAAAUCCUGGGCAAAGAUUCUAAGUUCCCUGAGAUGGUGCACAAAGGGUCUUCUGGCUGCUCAGGAAGGGCAUAUGGGGACCAGUGGGUGUCUCAACAAUACUGGGAUGGGUGGUUGAGGGCUCCAAGAGGGCGUUUCGAAGCCUUAGUAAGUAUACGAGGAAGAGGCAGAGAGCAUGUGUGCACUGGAGUCAUUGUCAGCCCACUUUACAUACUCACUUCUGCCAACUGCAUUGAUAUUGUUGGCCCGAACCCAAUAGUGAUCAUCGGUCCUCAAACAAUGAAUGAGGACAGGCGAACUAAAGGAGUUCAGGAGCAGCGUGCAGAAAUGGCACAUGUGCACCCGAGGUGGAGUGGAAAGGUGGAUGAAGGGUAUGAUAUUACUCUGCUCAAGCUACCGCGAGAAGUGACUGUUUCAUUCCCUUCAUUGGCACCAAGAAGUUUCACCCUUCGACCCAACUCGAGAGUCUUUGCCUUGAAGCUAGGUGCCUCUCUGGACAUUGCACAGUUCAGCAUCGUUGACAACGAACUGUGCCCCAUGCUGGACGAUCUGCAUGAUAGCAUGUUCUGUGCCUACUCAAGCUCUGCAAACAUGCAGUCGGGUGCCUCAGGUGGCCCUGUGCUGGUUAUCGACUCUGAUGACAUCAGGCUGGCAGGACCCCACAUGGAUUUGGUUGUGGGGGUUGUCUCCUGUGCGAAUUACUCAUCAUUGGACGAAAGUGGCAUAGGAUGUGUCCUCAUCAGUGGUGUUCAAGACUGGAUCCAACAGAUCAUUGCUCCAAAGGACGAGGCAUGGUUUAUGGCGCAUUUGGUGGCUGCAGUCAUAAUGCUGUUGUUCAUCUUUACGGUGAGCUUGAUGGUUGCACCCUUCAUCUCAUCUUGGGCGCUCGCUUUGCUGUUCUCGAUGCUGCUCCUCAUGUUGUUUGGCCUUGCAAUACUCUGGAAUGGAAACAGCGGAGGCAAGGUUGCCAACAUGUAUUGGAGGCCAAUCAGUGAUGCUGUGGAGACGGCUAUUUCGGACUUCCUCGGCACACUGCCAGCUCCGGUGCAAGACGUUCUCAGAACCGUGCAUGACGCUGUCCUGACGGAGAGUUUUUGGCAGGAAAAUCUGUGGCCAACAGCUGCUGCAGCUGCAGUUGUGACAUUGUGGGCGAUGUGGCAGCUGCUUGGUGGACAGGUGAGGUGGAGAGCGGCAAGGAGGGUGGAAUGA